UAAUACUACGAUCGUAAAUUAAAACUGUGUCAAAAGGAAUGGCGAUUCGAUUAUUUCUGUUUAGCUCUAUUCGAACAUUAUGUGUUUUAAACAGAACAAGUCCCAUAAUUCAUAGAACACAUAUGCUCACAGUAAAUAAUACAAAAGCAAUAUUUUCUCAAGGCUUGCAUAUGAAAACUUAUGACAAAGAUGCCGGCUUUGAUAAAGAAAGGGAAAUGAAUAAGUUACAAAUGGGACAGGAAGAGCCUCUAUUUAAACCAGUGGAAUCAAUAAAAAUCGAUAGCAGAAGGUCGAGAAGGGAAACUUUAAGAAAAGAAUCUCAAACCGAAAAUUUCAAAGUUACGGAAAAUGACAUAAGAGAACAGAACAAGUCCCUUCAUUUCGAUUCCAUAAGUUCAAUUAAUAAUGAUCCUGAUACAUUUGGCAAUGCUGUGACGACAGAAGCGCUAGAGGACGAGGGUGACAAAGUUGAGGAAGAAUAUAUUAAUAGUCCUACAAGGCAUUCGAGAAAGUUACGCACUAAAGAAUACGCCCUUUUAAUAAAAGAUCACUUAAAUAAUCAUCGCCUAAAGGAGGCAAUCAAUAUUUUGGAGGAGCGUAUACUUAAAGAGGAUCGAGCUAAGCCGGAAAAUUAUAUUUACAAUCUUCUAAUUAGUGGAUGCGCUAAGGCAGGUUAUGCCCGCAAAGCUUUUCAAUUGUUUACGAAAAUGCGUCAGCGUGGAUUGAAAGUAAAGCAAAGCACAUAUACGUCAUUAUUUAAUGCUUGUGCGAAUGCUCCGUAUCGGACAGACGGAAUUGAUAAAGCUAAUCGUCUUAGAGAAAUAAUGUUGGAGAAAAAUUAUGAACCAAAUGUUAAAAACUAUAAUGCUAUGAUUAAAGCUUAUGGACGCUGGGGUGACGUCAAAACCGCUUUUUUGUUGGCUGAUGAAAUGAAGGAAAAAGGAUUUGAAUUCACAACAGAAACUUAUAAUUUUUUGCUGCAAGCCUGCGCUAGUGAUCAGGAAUUUGGUUUUCGCCAUUGCUUACUUACUUGGCAUAAAAUGCUAAAAGCAGGCAUCAAACCAGAUUAUUACUCCUUUAACGCUGUUUUACGUUGCACCCGCGAUUGCAGUUUUGGUGAUUUAGAUAGUAUGCAGCAGGUUUUAAAACAAAUACUUGAUGGGCCUGAUGUUCCUCAAGUUGCUACCGCUGAAGAAACUCUGCCGAUAUUAAAUCAUGAGAGUUCAAGUGAGAUUGGAAAAACUAAAAAUCCUUUCACAGACUCUAAAAAAUCCUCUCUACAACCGCAAGCCACCAUAAACCAGGCUUUGCAAGUGCAAACAGAUGCAACUAGUUUGGAAUUGCCCAACCUAUUGGCGCCUCGACCACAUUUAGGUAGCAUGAUAUCGCUCGCUGAGGUGCAGAAGCCGCAUGAACGUUUUUUACUCUUAGGCGGUCUUAGCUGUUUCCUAGAACUCAUGAAAUCUUGUAAUAUAACACCGGACAUAGAAACAUUCACUAGUAUGUUGGAAGUAAUACCGCCUACCAAUACUGCCGAAAAACAACUAUUGACUUUUAUACGCAAAAUUGGCCUUAAGGCCGAUAUAGAUUUCUUUAAUAUUCUUAUCAAGAAGCGUUCUAUGCGCUGCGACUACGAAGGAGGUAAAGAGGUUUUAACAAUGAUUAAAACAGCCGGAUUAAAGCCAGAUAUUGUUACUUACGGGGUUCUAGCUUUGGGUUGUACUAAUGAGGAAACUUCACGAGAGCUUUUGCGACAAAUGAACGAUAAUGAAAUUAGAAUGAACAUUGAAAUUUUAGGCGCUAUGCUACGCCAAGGUUGCGAACACAAUUCAUUUCCUUACGUCUGUGAAAUUAUGCAAAUUAGUUUGGACGAGAAUGUCAAGCCAAACCCUUUAUUUUUGAGACAUUUGGAUAAUUUCUAUAUAAAAUGUGCCCGAGCAAUCGAUGCCCGACGUCCUUGGACAAAAACUAAAACGUUCAAGAAAAAUCAUAUGAAGUUCUGCGAUAAGUAUCGUUUAUACCAAGAAGAACAUGGUAUAUUAGGCUUAAAGUUAGACGAUGCAAUCAAAAAGCUCAGACAAAGACCAUAUGAUUAUUAUAAAGAGGAUACGAUAGAUGGAUUGGAAAAUAUAAAGAACGAAAAAUUGGCACGUAAGCAAAAGCUACGUAAAUAUAUCAAGAAAAUCAAAGUAGAAAAUCUUAAAGGAGAUGAAACUCAGUUUGCAGACGACCUUCAAAGAAGAGACAAUCAAACCCUCAAAAUAGAUUAAGUACAUAUAUAAGUUUGCAGUAAUUU